CUGCGUCUCCACCGCCCGCGCUCCGCCCCCGUCUUACGUCUCGCCCCCGGCAGCGCGGACCGCGGAGCCAAGAUGGCGGCCGAGUUGGAGUACGAGUCUGUGCUGUGUGUGAAGCCGGACGUCAGCGUCUACCGGAUUCCGCCCCGGGCCUCCAACCGCGGUUACAGGGCAUCUGACUGGAAAUUAGACCAGCCUGAUUGGACUGGUCGCCUCCGAAUCACUUCAAAAGGGAAGAUUGCCUAUAUCAAACUUGAGGAUAAAGUUUCAGGGGAGCUCUUUGCCCAGGCACCAGUAGAACAAUAUCCUGGUAUUGCUGUGGAGACAGUGACAGAUUCCAGCCGCUACUUUGUGAUCCGGAUCCAGGAUGGAACUGGGCGCAGUGCUUUCAUUGGCAUUGGCUUCACAGAUCGGGGAGAUGCCUUCGACUUUAAUGUCUCCUUGCAGGAUCACUUCAAGUGGGUAAAGCAGGAAUCUGAGAUUUCCAAGGAAUCUCAAGAAAUGGAUGCUCGUCCUAAGUUGGAUCUGGGCUUCAAGGAAGGACAGACCAUCAAGUUGAGUAUUGGGAACAUUACAACCAAGAAAGGAGGUGCUUCUAAGCCCAGGACUGCAAAGGGUGGAGGCCUGAGCUUACUCCCACCCCCGCCAGGAGGCAAAGUCACUAUUCCCCCACCAUCCUCCUCAGUUGCCAUCAGCAAUCAUGUCACUCCUCCACCCAUUCCAAAAUCUAACCAUGGAGGCAGUGAUGCAGAUAUCCUUUUAGAUUUAGAUUCUCCUGCUCCUGUCACGACGCCAGCACCAACUCCAGUUUCUGCAAGCAACGACUUGUGGGGAGACUUCAGCACUGCAUCCAGCUCGGUUCCAAACCAGGCACCACAGCCAUCCAACUGGGUCCAGUUCUGAAUGGCAUUGGCAGGACAUUAAGGACAGACUUGAGGAAUAAAAAUGACCUUGAGGGCACCAGUCUGUGAGGGAAGUUAGGAACCCAUUUCCUCCCCAGAACCGAAAUGACUGGACAAUCUUUUUCAUAGCUUCAACAUUACCUUCAAGCUGGUUUAUGCCACUCCCCUAUGUUGUUACUUGUACAGCCAAGAGAGUAUCUGUUGUCUCCUGCUUAGUACCAACGUAGGGGACCAGUGGAUCUUAUAGUUUUGGCUGACUAUGCAGGGCUCAAAAGACCAGUGUCUGAGGGGGGAGUGACCUCUAGCAUCUGUAAAAUUUGUCUCAUCUUUUAAAUUCUUUAACUUAUUUCAAAAUCAUCUCAUGACCCUUGUGUGCCUCUUUGUGAAGCCCUAUUUAGCAAUUUCAGGGGAGGCAAAAACCUUGCAACUUCCUUCACCACUAACCCAGGACUAAAAAUAGACAGGCUGACCUCAGUGUUUACAGAUUCAGAAUUUUGACAGGGGUAGAUAUGGAGAAAGACCUAUUUCCUGGGUCUCUGCUGUGUAGCCUCCUUCAGGCUUGUCGUACUCAGUGAACAUCCAGUGCUGGGUGCCGCUCCAUCACCCUCUUGUGUGUUUAUAUGUCUCUUUCUGUGAUAAGAGGGUUGUGUUGGUGGCACCUCCACUAUUCUUUUCUGUUUGUUGAAUUUGAAUUGUGUAACAUCUUUGACCAGUGGGUGUCUCUGUGAUGAAGGAGGUUCAAGAGGCUGUGCUUUCCAAGUAAUAUUCUAUAGGAGUGUUUAAUUUCUUGCAGCUUCCUCUGGUAGCUGCAUUUGAAGCAUGGCAUUAAUUUGUGUUUGCCCUGUUAUUUGACCUAAAGUUGAAGGGUUUAGAGUUUUUAACCUGAUCUGUAGAGCAGAGAGGUUGAAAGCACUCAACUCUUGUUUAGUACCCACAUUGCCUUGCUGCCUGGGUAUCUGGCCCCUUUCCAUAAACAUUUCUUUUCAGUUCAUGUAGUUCUUUAAUAGAAAGCUGCUAUUAUGUGUAUUGUCAUUUGUGAAGGAAGUCGGAGAGUCACAGGUUUACUGUGACAGGUUUUGCCCAAGGCUUCGAUACCUGUCACCCAGGAUAUCUGAAAAGCAAAUUGUUCUCCCACCACUUUCCUUUCCCUCUGCCCUGCCAUUCCUUUACAAUGCUGUGAAAAAAGUUCUGCUUCUUAGAUGAAUGGGUACUUUCUAUUUUGUUUCUAAAUGAGCAAUUUUGAGGAUGAAAUGGGAAGAUAUAAUUGCUUUCCUUUUGCACCUAUCUGGAUAUGUACACUCUGGCAGAAGGGAGUCCUUAUGUUUCAAAAUAUAUUACUUUCCUGGAUUUCCUUCUUAACUUUUUCUGACUUUGGGUCCAUUUUCUUUUCAUUGCCUCCUUUUCUAGGCAGCUCCAUUCUCGCAGAGCCAUGGUAGGACGUAUUAAAAUACCAACAGAAAACACUAAAAGGAAAGUGUUGAAUCACUAGUGACUAAAUACUGGGAACCUAUUUUCUCAAUCUUCCUCCAUGUUGUGUUCUUUGUAUUCUCAAGAUGAUAAUAUAUUAUGUAUUUGAACUCCUGAAAAAUGGAAAAUGUUUAAGAUGUAUGUAUAUAAAGCAUAUGUUGUAUUGGUGCAAUAAUGGUAAUUAAAAAUAUGAAAAAGGUA